GAUGUUUGGCAGUAUGAAGCGAUGUGCGCGCUGUCAAGCUGCGAUCCUAUCCUCGGAAUUGCAUGUUCGGUUCCUCUUACCAAGGGCGAUCAUUUUGGAAUGCGCGACGGCACUGUACUAUGCCGCAUGCAUUACGAAAUGGGUGCCGAGUUGCAUCCAUCUCAGAGUCCUCCAGUACCAGUUUAUCCCCCGGGGCCACAUUAUCCAGGACAGAGUUUCCCUUCGUCCGAAUUUUUACAUGCUCACCAUCCGCACCACCUUCAUCAUCACUCGCACAUCCAUCGGCCAAUCCAUCCGAAUCAACAGCAGCAACAGCAGCAGCAGCAGCAGCAGCA